AUGUCAACAGUGGUAGGACUGUUGGCUUGUGCCAUUUCAUCUUUAUUUUUUGGUUCUAUGUUUGUUCCUAUAAAAAAAUUUAAUUCAGGAGAUGGAGUAUUUGUACAAUGGAUAAUGGGUCUUACGAUAAUGUUUGUUGGAGUUAUUGUUAAUUUUUACAGUAAUUUUCCAUCUUUUCAACCAUUAGCUAUGUGGGGUGGAGUUUUUUGGGCCACAGGAAAUUUAGCAGCAAUUCCUAUUAUUAAUAUGAUUGGUGUUGCAUUAGGAAUGUUAAUAUGGGGUACAGUAAAUUGUGUUGUUGGAUGGGCAUGUGGAAGAUUUGGAUUAUUUGAUACAAUACCUUCUAUUCCUAAAUCUCCAAUAAUUAAUUAUUUUGGUCUUAUUUUUGUUAUCAUUGGUGGUUUCUUAUUUUCACGAAUUAAAUCAUCAGCUAUUGAAAGAUCUGACUCACAAGAGUCAUUUGGACCUGUUGAUGAGGUAGAUGAAGAAACAAAUCUACAUAAUACAGAUAGUACUAUUGUUGAAACAGAAAUUUUAAACAUAAAUAAUCCAAAAUUUAAAAUGAGAAUAGGAAUAUUUCUUUCUAUUUGUUCUGGAAUGUGUUAUGGUUUCACAUUUCUUCCUGUUGUAUAUAUUCAAAGUCACCCAAAAGAAUAUCCAGAUGCACCUAAAGAUGCUAUAGCUUUUGCCUUUUCACAUUAUACUGGAAUUUUUGUGACAUCAACUAUGUUUAUGAUCAUUUAUUCUAUAUAUAAACAAAAUAAACCAGAAAUUAACAAUGAAAUUAUCUUGCCUUCUAUUAUUACAGGAAUUUUGUGGAGUGUAGCUCAAUUGUCAUGGUUUGUUGCUAAUGAUGCCUUAAGUCAAGCCAUAACAUUCCCUAUCAUAAGUAUGGUCCCAGGAAUAUGUGCUGCUUUAUGGGGAGUAUUUUAUUUUAAAGAGAUUACUGGUAAAGAAAAUAUGCUACUACUUGCCUUAGCAAUAGGAAUAACUUCUUUUGGAGCAAUUUUAGUGGGUAUUUCUAAAGAUUUUUAA